AUGACGGAAAAGAGAUCUCGCAGCUCUUCUCGAGAGCCUCCUCAGAAACAGAGGGACUCCACUGGCCAGGGGUCUAAGAGGGAAAGGAAAGGGAAUCAAGGCUCUGGAAGAUCCAGGAGUGGGAGGGUAACAGAACCCAGCAAAAACAACGUAAAAAUUUCUGCUGUGGUUGAUGUGGAUGGUGUGGUGACUUCAGAUGAGGAGACAGAAAUUAUGGCACUUCUGGAGAAUGAACAGAAGAAUGAAGUUGUGAAGACUGCAGGUCUGAGAGUGUGCGAGGUGCUGCUCAUUUCCUGCUGUCUGCUGAUGGUCAUCCUCACCUUCCCACUCUCCAUCUGGUUCUGUGUCAAGAUUGUUCGCGAAUAUGAGCGCGCUGUUAUAUUUCGCCUGGGACGUCUUCUGCCAGGACGGGCCAGAGGACCUGGGCUCUUCUUUUACCUCCCCUGUUUGGACAAAUGUCACAAAGUGGACUUCCGCAUAAAGACCUUUGAGGUUCCUUUUCACCAGAUUGUGACCAAAGACCUAGUUACCCUGGAGAUUGAUGCAGUUUGUUACUAUCGCCUAGAAAAUGCUUCUCUGUUUUUGACCAGCGUGAGCAAUAUAUCCAGUGCCCUGCAGCUAUUGGUUCAGAGUACAACAAAGCGCAUUUUGGCCCACAAAGCUUUCUUAGAUAUAUUGUUGGAGAGAAAGAGCAUCGGGGAAGAAGUGAAGGUAGCACUGGAUGCUGCGACAUGUCACUGGGGGAUCAAGGUGGAAAGAACAGAAAUUAAGGAUGUGAAACUUCCAGAGGAGGUUACGCAGUCAAUGGCUGUAGAGGCAGAAGCACAAAGACUUUGCAAAGUUAAGAUACUUGCAGCUGAAUGUGAGAAAACUGUGUCAGAAUCACUGAAACUGGCAGCAGAAACAUUAUCCGGAUCGCCCACCGCAGUGCAACUCCGUUAUCUUCAAACAUUGCAAUGUAUGACUUCUGAAAAACCAGCCACUUUCCUACUGCCUUUACCCUUUGACCUUAUGAACCUUAAUGCUUUGCCAAAAGUGCAGGUGCCUAAUCCAAACCCAGCUAAAUCUGGACCUGGAGCAGAUCAAGACACUAAGAAGGAUUCCCCAAUGUUGUAAAUCAAAAUACUAAUUGUGCUGACAAUACCAAUGUCAUCAAACUUGUAAUAUAUGUGGUCAACAUCACACAAUGUCACCCUGGUUCCAAGAUUUUGAAUAAAAUCCAUGACAUGACAUCCCCAGUUAUAAAACUAUGUGGUCCUGA